CAUGUUAUGUGUCGUUUCAAUUUUUCCAUUACAUUUUAUAUCGUUCGAGUCACAUGUAUUUAUUUCCAAAGUUCAACCAAUAAAUCGAAACAAUACAAUACGUGGAACAUGAAAUACAGAGAAAAAAAACACUCAUGGGUCAGAAAAUCUUUGAAUUCAGAUUCAUGUUCAUUCGGGCAUAACAUUUGGAUGUGAAAAAAAAAAUAUUGUGCACUAACCGAUUUCAAUCGAACCGUAUGAGUGUGUAAUCGGUUUUGUCAGUUAAACGAAAAAAAAAUAUAUAAAAAAAUGUCGACACUGGAAUAUAAAUACGUCUUUUUGUCGACUAAUUUAAUUUAGUCGAUUUCAAUGAAUUAAAUUGUUAAUCACCCAUCACCCAAUGAAAAAUGGAGUGUGCAAUAUGAACAGUUUAGCUUGAUAACAAGUGAAUUUUACCAUUAAUUAACGUCGAAAGUUUAAAUAAAAUUGAUAAUUUGAAAGUCGUUGUUACCUUAGAAUAUUAAAUGCCAACCGAACAUGUGUAGUUUUGAGUCAAAAUUUGUUUUUUUUUUAUUUAUAUAAAUAACACAACAAAUGGAGUACAUACUUAAAAUUCAUUGAUAACAUAAGUACCACUUAAAUACAUAUACGUACACCAGUCAGUAGUUAAUUGUUAUAGAAAAUGAAAAUAGUUUUUAUUUGUUAUAUAUGCCCAGAAUUGAAAUCGAGAAUAUUUAUUAUGUAAAGGUGUUUCAGUUGCAACCGAACACUGAUAUAGAGGACAUUAUUUUAAAAUUAGUUUAAAAAAAAAACGGCAGUUCAAAACUAGUGUUUCGUUGAACGUAUAAACAAUUUUUAGCUUUAACUGAUUCAGUCAAGUGCUACCGUUCUAAUUAAUGAAAGUGACAAUCUUGUAACAUCAAAAAGAAUGGUUCACAAGUUCAAAAACAAAGUGGACAAUUUUCUGUUUAGUGAAAUGCCCGUUGAUAGUAUGGAUUAUGAAAGGAAAGGUGGCUGCUUCGUUACAAUAUCGAAAGGAGUACUUCUGACAAUUUUGUUCAUUAUUUUUGGUUUUCUUUUGGGAUUACUCGUAUUUUACACAACAAAACACGCAUAUCAGAACAAACCACUAAUGUCGAUAGAAGAGUUUAUCGAAAACUCUCAAGAUGAAAACUACGAAAUAAGUCAAGAAACAAUCGCACCGAAGCACUACCGUUUGAUAUUCAAUUCAAUGCUAAACGAAUCCCUUAAUCAAUUUUCGUUUACCGGAAACGUUUGGAUAACAAUAACGCCGAAUCACGAUCACAUUAGAACAAUUGAACUGGAUGCGAAAAAUUUAGAUAUCCGUGCCGACGAUGUGACCGUGUAUCGUAGCCGUAUUUUGUCAGAUUCUAAUUUUCAAUUAACAAACGAUCGAGAUGAACGAUCAGCUCAGCUAGUUGAGGACGAUGCUUCCGUGGAAGAUGAUCAAUCCGAUUUAUUGAUGUCAAAUUCAACCGAAUGGAUCGAUUCAAAUACGCCCGAUACGAGUGCGGAAAAAGAAUCGCAGGAAUUACCUGGAGAGGAUAAGGGAAAUGAUAUUGACACAACAACAACAGAACUUAACGAAACAGGAAGCGAAGAUGAAACAACUAAAUUCGAAGUAAAAAGUUCAUCGGAGCAACCGGAACCAUCGGUACCAUCGGAACCAUCGGUAACUGAAUUUGUCGAAUACAAUGAUACCAACACAAUGUGGGACGGUCUAUUUCAAAAUGACUCAAUGUUGAGGGAACCGAAUCCUGACGAUCAAACCCAUUUACAAAUUGACGGCAUUCGAUUCGAUGCGGUCAGACAGAAGCUAAUAAUCACACUGAAUACCGCAUUGCGUAGAGGUCACUACUACAUCGUUAAAGUUUUCUUCAGCGGUAAUAUGACCAAUGACUACGGAUUGGUGUACAAAUCAUACGAUGGUACAUCGGAGUCGGGUGACGAUUUUGUGGCAGCAACUGUAACCGAUCCACAUCAUACGCCUGUUCUUUUCCCAUGCUUCAACAGUUACUUGAAAGACGUCACAUUUCAGUUGAAUCUCAUUCGGCGUAAUGAUCAUCAGUCGGUGUCAGUGUCGAAGUUAAUAAGGUCACAGAAAAUAACAAACGAUUGGACACUAGAUGCAUACCAGAGAACUUACCCGAUGAUGUUGAACAAUUUUGGGUUUGUCAUCACAAACAUUCCGGCGGUCGUUGUAACAGUAACACCAGAUUUGAUGAUAAAUUCAUAUUUUCGACCGAAACUUCUUCCUAAUAUAACGUUCAUCGACUCCGUCAUUCCGUCAUUAUUAAAGAAAAUCGAAUGGUACACGAAUUCGACCUACCCAUUGGAAUCAAUAAGUUUCAUUGGAAUGCCGAGUUCCACCCAUGACGUCAUUGAAAUCAAAAAGGGUUUGGUCAUUGCAAGCGAAUCGUUUUUUAUUGCCUACGACGAUACGGAUAAACAAAAUAAGGAAUUGACCAUAUCGCAUGUAGUCGGAAAAGUAUGGUCUCAGCCAUGGGAAAUUAUUGAAUUCGAAGAUCAACAAUGGAUUAACGAAGCUCUUUCGAUGCAAUUGAUUAUGUUGGGCGACCGAUCUUAUACCAGUAGUAAUUUAAGCUCCGAAUCUAUGAUCAAUAAACGUAUGGAGUCAUUGAGACGGGAGCAAAGUUUCUUGGACAUUAAUUUAAAGGAAUUUAGGAAACGAAGUUUGGAUGAUAAUUGGAUUUAUGUGGCACAGAGUAAAGGCCUCUAUGUCUUGACAUUGUUAGAAGAUCUCUUAACAAAACCAAUCUAUCAAACGGGAUUACAACGAUUCUUUAAAUCGAAUGGUACGACGAAUUUUCUAGAAACAUUAGGUAACUUAAAUGCCGAUUCAUCAAAGUCGAUGGAACAAUGCAUUCACGAAUGGACUCAACAGAUUGGUUAUCCAAUAAUUCACAUCCGGCAAAUAGGGGCUAACAAAGUUCAGAUUGAAGAAAUGGAAUUGGCAUCGGGGAAUCUUCGUCAAUCCAAUCCACACUUUUGGAGCACACAUAUUACAAUCAACAAUCAAACACUCUGGUUACAGAACAAUGGAACGAAAUUCGAUAUUGAGGAUGACUGGCUAACAGUAAAAUCAACAGGAUAUUUCCGAGUAAACUACGAUGGUGAUCGUUGGCAGACCAUACUAAAGGCCCUUCAAAUGAAUCACAAAAUACUAUCGGCGAACGAUCGUGCUGUUUUAAUCGACGAUGCCUUCAAUUUGGCUAAAUACAAUUACCUCGAUUAUUCGAUCGUACAACAGCUGCUGGAACGUUGGAAUGACCAGGAAAUGGAAUAUUUGCCGUGGAAGGCAGCACUCGUUAAUUUGGAAUUCGUCUACAAAAAUUCCAUCGACUUUUCCAUUGGCAAUGGCUUUAAUACUUUACUCAGCAAUUUAACUCAACGUGCCUACAAAAACAUUGUCCGAUCCCCGUUAGGUGGAAUGCCGCAUAAAUUGAAAGUAUUGAUAAAGAAAUGGUCAUGUCAAAUAUUCGCGCUAUCAGAUUGUGUGGCUGAUGCCCAGAAAGAUUUCCAAAAUUUAAUCAUCAACGACACAUUAACGCUGUCACAGAGAUCAGCUACGGAUGUUGAGCAACUGUACUGUACCGUCAUAAGAUUUGGUGAUGCACAAAGUUGGCACCUAGUGAGAAACAGUUUCGAUCCGACCAACAAUCACAACUACAAUAAAGCUUUAUUGUAUUCGCUUGGAUGCUCUACCGAUCUGCGAAUAUUGGGCGAAUAUUUUUCACUUUUAUUGGAUAGCCAAUACAAGGACUAUGCCGGUACAAUAGUUCGAUCAAUGAAUGACAAUCAAAUCGGACAGAAAUAUGCUUUGGAAUAUUUCUAUACGAACUUUCAACAGUUGCAGCAAAUGCACGGUCUUCCAACAUUGAAGACAUUGCUGAAGGGUAUUUCGACUACAUACGAUUACAAAUUGUUUCAGAUGUUUUACAGCGCCAAUUCUGACCUCUUCACAUUUAAAGACAGGAAAACUAUGGCCGAGAUUGUCAAUUCGAUCAGAAGUAAUUUAAAAUGGAAAAAUGAUUUUGCAGAUGCGUUCAGUACUUCGUAGGCGACGGACAUAAAGAACAAAUUUUACGAAUGAAAGAGAUAACAGUAAAAUGUUUCGUUUUU